AUGGAAAAGCUACUUAGACCCACACGUCUGGACAUUGAUCCUAACUCGCCUACAGCAGCCAAGGAGUGGAAGCACUGGCAUCGCACAUUCAUAAACUUCAUUGAGGAGUACGGAGAAAAUGCUCCUGAUAAACUCAGAACUCUGAUCUUUGCUAGACACCUCUUAGCUAAAAGGCGGCAGCAGCCUGGUGAGACCCUUGAUGAGUUUCUAAGAGAACUUCGCAAACUCAGUAAAGACUGUAACUUGAAACCAGUUACUGCGGAACAGUAUCGUGAAGAAUUAAUCCAUGAUGCCUUCAUCAAUGGUAUUUCCUCACCACUCAUCUGGCAACGUCUUCUGGAGAACAAGACACUUGGCUUACAGAAUGCUUAUAAUCAGGCAUACUCACUUGACCUGGCCCAGCAUAAUGCUGAUGCUUACUCAUCACCACUGCUGCACCAGUUGUACCUGAGCAACCCCAGACAAAAGAAGAGCUACCCCAUGAGGACCAUACACUAG